GGUGACUGGGUCCCUGUUGUGGUAGAUGAUUGGAUUCCAUGCGAGUCACCUGGUAAACCAGCAUUUUCCACCAGUAGGAAGGGUAAUGAAAUGUGGGUCUCCUUAUUAGAAAAAGCUUAUGCAAAGCUUCAUGGCUCAUAUGAGGCAUUAGAGGGUGGACUUGUACAAGAAGCUCUUGCAGACCUCACCGGAGGGGCUGGUGAGGAGAUUGACAUGAGAAGUGACGAGGCACAGAUUGAUCUGGUAAGUGGAAGACUCUGGUCUCAGCUGCUGCACUUCAAACAAGAGGGUUUCCUACUGGGUGCUGGAAGCCCUUUAGGUUCAGAUGUGCAUAUAUCUUCCAGUGGUAUUGUCCAAGUACGAGAAGUUGAUGGCCACAAGCUUGUUCAGAUUCGGAAUCCAUGGGCAAAUAAAGUUGAAUGGAAUGGUCCUUGGUCUGAUCCAUCACCUGCGUGGACCGACAGGAUGAAACACAAGCUUGAACAUGUCCCACAGGCAAACGGUGGAAUAUUUUGGAUGUCUUGGCAAGAUUUCCAAAUACUUUUUAGGUCUAUAUAUGUUUGUCGUGUCUACCCACUAGAGAUGCGCUACUCAAUCCAUGGUCAAUGGAGAGGCUACAGCGCUGGAGGCUGCCAGGAUUAUGACACAUGGCAUCAGAAUCCCCAAUAUCGACUAAGAGCAAGUGGUCCUGAUGCUUCCUUGCCCAUUCAUGGUGUGAGCUUCUCAAGGACUACAGCUAGUUUCAGGAAUUAUCAAUUAAGCCAUGAUUCAAUGAUGUUCUAUAUUGGGAUGAGGAUACUGAAAACUCGUGGUAGACGUGCUGCAUAUAACAUCUAUUUGCAUGAAUCUGUUGGUGGGAAAGACUAU